UGAAUUAAAAUUAGACCCUUUUCAUUUCCCUUCACCCACCCACACUUCACUCGACUCAGCAUCCUUAAUUUUACUCCCCUUUUCAAUAUCGCCACCCUUAUCCCUCUCCCCUCCUCUCUUCCCCCCUCUCCUCUCAAGUCUCUGAGACUCUCUCUCCAAUGGCCAAUGUCCUCCGAACUUCUCCUUUCGGGGCACCUUUUGCACAACUUCCUUCCACUCUCUCGCCAAACUCCCAAAAACCUUCAUAUGUUUCGUUUAGACAAAGCCAGAGCGGCAGCAUACCUUAUCUCACUCUAAGCUCUCUCCGGUUCUCUCACUUGCCGUCCCUCCGGUUCGCCAAGUUCGUUCCUUUGGCUUCUCAAGGUGAAACCGAAACUACUGAGACCGUGGAGGAGGUUCGACAGCCCGAAGAGAUCGAGGACUCUUCAGAUGGUGCAGUAAGUGUGGAAGAUAGUACAAGCGACGGUGAAGAAAGUGGUACAAGUAUUGAUGAUGAAGGUGAUGCUGAGGAAAAACCUGCUUCAGCCGUCAUAGCAUCACUGCAAUUAUACAAAGAAGCUUUGGCCAGUAACGAUGAAUCAAAAGUAGCUGAGAUAGAAUCCUUCCUCAAAUAUAUUGAAGAUGAGAAAAUAGGUCUUGAAAAGAAAGUGGCCUCUUUGUCUGAAGAACUGUCAGCAGAGAAGGUUCGGAUUUUGAGGAUAAGUGCAGAUUUUGAAAAUUUCCGUAAAAGGACUGAUCGGGAACGCAUUUCUCUGGUAACAAAUGCUCAGGGGGAAGUUGUGGAGAGUUUGUUGCCCGUAGUAGAUAAUUUCGAGAGGGCUAAAACACAGAUUAAGGUGGAGACGGAAGGAGAGGAGAAGAUCAACAAUAGCUAUCAGAGCAUUUAUAAACAGUUCGGAGAGAUCUUAAGCUCUCUUGGUGUUGUCCCUGUUGAGACAGUGGGGAAGCCCUUUGAUCCGUUGGUAAGAUACCAAGUUGGCUCGAAAUUCAAUCAAUUACUUGAUGAAUAUUAUCAAGUACUUAGUCAAUUUUGUUCAGGUUUGAUGAAGACCUGGAUACGGUUUUAAGUCAGACCAAAUCAUGAUUGAAUCGAGCCAAUUUGUUGCAUGAAGCAAUCAUGCGUGAGGACUCCACAGAAUUUGAAGAAGGUGUUAUAAUCGAUGAAUUUCGCAAGGGGUUUAAGCUUGGUGACAGGCUUUUGCGUCCGUCGAUGGUAAAGGUAUCAGCUGGUCCAGGGCCUGCCAAGCCAGAGCAGCAAGUUCCUCCUUCUGAAGAACAGGAUGCCAGUGAAACCACCGAGGAGGGCAGCACAGAAACAGAGUCAGCUUAAAGAUCAGAUACUCAGUCUAUUUUCAGUUUUGUAUCAGCAAUAGUAAGUUCAUUUGUAAUUCAAUCAGUAGGCUAGUAAAUUUUGUUGGGCGUGAUUGUUUCUGGUAGCAUAUUACUGUUAAUUUUAUUUUUUUUACCGAGAAAAUGAUACCGGUUUGAGGGAAUCAUCAUAUUACUGUCAACACAUUUGUUUCUGUGUUAGGACCUGAGCACGUGCUGCCUUGAGUACUCAUUUGGAUGUGC